AUGACCAUGUCUCACAAAAUCCUCUCUCAGUUUAUUUUUAUCUUUGUUCUGUUUUGUUGUACGGACACCUCUCAUGGAAAGCUGAUUAUGGAAGAAUCAGCUGGUCACAUGAAUGGUUUCACGACUCUAACCAACACCAAGAAGAACUCUUAUGGUCAAGCCUUCAACGACAAACCAUUCCCUUUCAAGACUUCUGCAAACGGUUCACUGACUUCAUUCUCUUUCACCUUCUUCUUUGCCAUCGUCCCUGAGCAUAAGAACAAAGGCUCUCACGGUAUGGCCUUUGUGAUCUCUCCAACUAGAGGCAUCCCCGGUGCAUCCCCUGAUCAGUACCUUGGUAUCUUCAACGCUACAAACAACGGAGAAAGCUCUAACCAGAUCAUUGCUGUUGAGCUUGAUGUACAUAAAGAUGAUGAGUUUGGUGACAUUGAUGAUAACCAUGUUGGUGUCAACAUAAACGGCAUGAAGUCCAUCAUAUCUGCUCCUGCAGGUUACUAUGAUCAAAAGGGUGAGUUUAAAACCCUUUCUUUGAUCAGUGGCAAGCUACUUCGAAUCACUAUUCUGUAUAGUCAUGAAGAGAGACGACUCAAUGUUACCUUAUCACCACCAGAUGAGACAUAUCAUCCCAAGCAGCCACUUCUUUCAUUGAACCAAGACCUGUCCCCUUAUCUUAAGGAGGAUAUGUACGUUGGCUUCACAGCCUCCACUGGAUAUAUUGGAGCAAUACAUUACAUGCUGAUGUGGUAUCAAUAUACUUUAAUCAUUGUUCCACAGCUGGAUUUCGCUAUACCGAUCUUUCCUCCAUAUCCAAAGAUAGAGUCUCAGGUGAAACGGAUUGUUUUGGCAACCUCAUUGACUUUGGCUCUCUUUGUUGCCUUUGCUGCAUGAGCUUUACUUCUUUUCUUGUAUAAGAGGCAUAAAAAGGUCCUGGAGGUUCUUGAGGAAUGGGAAAUAGAAUGUGGACCUCAUAGGUUUGCUUACAGUGAACUAUAUAAAGCCACAAAUGGUUUCAAACAAAUUCUAGGUGAAGGAGGGUUUGGUAAGGUCUUUAAAGGCACACUUCCAGGUUCUGAUGCAGAGAUUGCAGUUAAACGGGUUUCUCGUGGUUCGAGUCAAGGGAUGAGAGAGUUCUUGGCUGAGGUAACAACCAUAGGUCGUCUUAGACACCCGAAUCUAGUUAGGCUUCUUGGUUACUGCAGGUACAAUGAAGAACUCUACUUAGUUUAUGACUGUAUGCCCAAUGGAAGCCUUGACAAGUACCUGUACGGAUCAGAUCAAGAACAGCUCUCUUGGAGUCAGCGUUUCAAGAUUAUUAAAGACGUUGCUUCUGCGCUCUCCUACCCCCAUCAUGAUUGGUUACAAGUUGUGGUUCAUAGAGACAUCAAGCCUGCGAAUGUCUUACUUGAUGACAAUAUGAAUGCAAGUCUUGGAGAUUUCGGAUUGGCAAAGCUACAUGAACGUGGACAUGAAGCUCAGACCUCUAGAGUGGCUGGAACGUUCGGGUACAUGGCACCAGAUCUCGUGAGAACAGGGAGACCAACUACAGGAACAGAUGUUUACGCCUUUGGUGUGUUUAUGCUUGAAGUUUCUUGCGGUAGAAGAAUGUAUGAGCCACGAGCUGAGUCAGAACAGGCUGUUCUUCCUGACUGGGUGGUUAACCGCUGGGAAAGAGGUGACAUCGAAGAGGCGGCUUGUGAAAGAAUCAGACAAGAUCAUGAUAAGGGAGAGCUAGAGCUUCUUCUGAAGCUAGGAGUGUUGUGUUCACACCAGGCUGAAGAGGUUAGGCCGGAUAUGUCUACGGUGGUUAAGAUAUUGGAAGGAGUCUCUGAGCUUCCUGAUAAUGUUCUUGAUAUUGUUAGAACCGAGAAGAAGGAGAAAUGGUACGAGAAUUUCAGCGAAGUGCUUGAUUCCACGAUGGAGUCUGCAAGUAACUUGAACGUUACGGAACCGAUAGCUUCCUUGGAGCGGACAAAGUUGCUUCUCUAGUUGGUGGUAUUGAUAGUAAACAAUCACAAGCAAACAAUAUGAAAAAAUAAGUUAUAUGAAUGAUUGAAAAUACUAGAUUAUGAGAUAAU